AUGCUACGAAGAGCACCAACCGAAAUUGUUGUCAAAAUGGAAGAAAUAGAUGAAAUGAUAGCUGAAAUGAACAACAGGGCUGGAAAUGCAACACAAGAAAUAAAUACAAAUGCAGAUACAAUGGUUCGAACGCGAAUCGGUGCACCACCACCCCGAAUUCAUAUGACUCAAGCAAAAGAUACUCAGGGUGAACUACCAAAUUCUUCAGACAGUACUUCUGUUACUACUUUGUAA